AUGAUGUUCUCUCAGCAAAGAUUCUUUGGUACUGAUCUAUCAAGACCAGAAGAGUCUGAACUGAAGAAUUUUUGUUCCAGAAAUAUACUGAUCAUCCUUGGCUUCUCCUGUAUCAUAGCUGUGAUUGCUUUGAUUGCUGUGGGGUUGACCCAGAACAAACCAUUGCCAGAAAAUGUUAAGUAUGGGAUUGUGCUGGAUGCAGGCUCUUCUCACACAAGUUUGUACAUCUAUAAGUGGCCAGCAGAAAAGGAGAACGACACAGGGGUGGUGCACCAGGUAACAGAGUGCAAGCUGAAAGGUCCUGGAAUCUCAAGAUAUGCUCAAAAAUUAAGUGAAAUAGACAUUUAUCUGACGGCAUGCAUGGUAAGAGCCACUCAAGUGGUUCCAAAGUCCCGGCACCAAGAGACCCCUGUUUACUUGGGAGCAACGGCAGGCAUGCGUUUGCUCAGGAUAGAAAAUGAGCAGUUGGCAGACAAGGUCCUGGCUGCGGUGGCGAGGAGCCUCAGCAACUACUACUUUGACUUCCAGGGUGCCAGAAUCAUCACCGGCCAGGAGGAAGGUGCCUAUGGCUGGAUUACCAUCAACUACCUGCUGGGCAAAUUCACUCAGAAAACGAGUUGGCUCAACCUGAGGCCAAAUGAAGACAGUGCUCUUGAAACCUACGGGGCUUUAGACCUUGGGGGAGCCUCUACACAAAUCACUUUUGUGCCGCAAGACAAGGAGAUUGAGUCUCCAAGCAAUGCUCUGCACUUCCGCCUCUAUGGCAGGGACUACAGCGUAUACACGCACAGCUUCUUGUGCUAUGGGAAGGAUCAAGCACUCAGGCAGAAACUGGCCAAGGACAUUCAGGGUACAAACGGAACCCUCAGAGACCCAUGCUUUCACCCUGGAUAUGAGACAGUAAUGAACGUAAGUGACCUCUACAGUAGCCCCUGCACCAAGAGAUAUGAGAGGACUCUUCCAUUCGAUCAGUUUCAAAUCCAGGGCACUGGAAAUUAUCAACAAUGCCAGCAAAGCAUCCUUCAACUCUUCAACACCAGUUACUGCCCUUACUCCCACUGUUCCUUCAAUGGGAUCUUCUUGCCGUCACUUCACGGGGAUUUUGGGGCGUUUUCGGCUUAUUACUAUGUCAUGGAAUUUUUAAACUUUACAUCAGAGGAAACCCCCUCACAGGAAAAGAUGACGGACACUAUGGAAAAGUUCUGUUCUCAGCCUUGGGAGGAGUUGAAGACACAUUUUGGUAAUGUGAAGGAGAAGUACCUGAGUGAAUACUGCUUUUCUGGAACCUACAUCCUCUCUCUCCUUGUGAGUGGCUAUGGUUUCACGGCUGAUUCCUGGAAGAACAUUCAUUUCAUGGGCAAGAUCCAGAGCAGCAAUGUCGGGUGGACUCUGGGCUACAUGCUGAACCUGACCAACAUGAUCCCAGCUGAGCAGCCGUUGUCCACACCUCUGACCCACUCCACCUAUGUCUUCCUCAUGGCUCUCUUCUCAGUGAUCCUGGUUGCAGUGAUCAUCAUAGGCGUGUUUAUCUUUCACAAGCCUUCAUACUUCUGGAAAGACAUGGUAUAGCAGGAGCAGCUGAAACCUGCUGGCUGGAGUGAGAAAAAAACUUGCCCAAGGAGCACCUUCCUCCACAGUGGUGUACAAGGUCAUCCUUCCUUGCUCACCAAGGCCAGUCUUGACCAGCACGAAGCUUCCUUGGCUUUUGCUGAAGCUUUUCCAUGGAAGGUAUUCACCACCUUCUGCCUCAAGGACUACCCAGAAGACAUCGUCUCUUUUGUGAUUCCUUCCCAACUCCACUUCUCUCUUUUGUACCCUGUGCUUGUAUGGGUCUUAAAGACCUGUUACCUUUCAUGAUCUUUGCUUUAUAAAAAAAAAAAACAACAAAAAAACAAAACCCCAAUCAUGACUUUGUCCUGAAGAACUCAAAAGAGUCCUGAGUCCUGGGCUGGUAAGCUGCACAGGCCAAGAGAAGAUCUCAGGAACUCGUUCAGUUGUACUGAUACAGACCCUUUCUUUCUCCUGUUGCCCAUUUAUGAAGAAUGCCAUACAAUGCCUUUGGAGAGGGCAGACACCCAUCUCAUUCCCAUCCUGUUGUUUGCACAGGAGAAUUUCUAGACUAAACAAAUAUGUGCCAGGGCCAAAGAGUCUUGCAAGAGAAUUUAUGUGCUUAUAUCAUUAAUAUGAUAUUCCAAUCCAAAACAGGGUUGUGGAUGAGUUAUAUAUUCUUCAGUGAUGCCAAAAUUCUAUGGAGUGGGACCCCCCAGACCAGAGAUUUUUUAAAAAGCUGAUGUAAUAUCUAAGCAUUCAGCAAUCAGGGCAUACUACAUGGUAGGUAUACACGUCAGGAAGAAAAAUACAAUUACAAUGAAGAGUUUGGAAAAUACAUCCUUCAAUGCAUCUACUGGGGUUUUAUUUUUAUUGUAGUAAUACAUAUAAAGUCCACCAUUUUAAUAUGUACAAUUCAGCUGCAUUUCGCACAUUUGCAUUGUUGUGCAACCAUCACCACUAAUUCCAGAAUAUUUUCCCCAUCAAGAAAUUAGCUGGAGACAAGGCCAUCCCUGGGUAGGUUCAAACCACCAACCUUUCAGUUAACAGCCAAAUAAGCUAAUCAGUUGUUCCACAAAGAUGCCCAUUGAGUUUUAAAAGCCAUGCCAUAUCUUUUUGUCCCAGGGUUUAAUGUAGUGAGAGAACUACAACACUCCUUUCUUCUGUCAUGGUAUUUGCUCAUCAAAGUAUGCCAGGAACCAGAUCUGAAAGUGUGGUUGCCACCCCUGUCACACAAGUAUGGGCUCUAUUUACUUAUUCCAUGGACUAUUUUGUGGGAGAAGCAGCAGCUAUGGACCUUGUCACAGAAACAUGAAGAGACCCUGUACUUUCUUCCUUUAAUGACUGCUGUGAGCAGGUGGAGUGGUGAUGUGUUACUCUGAAGUUGUCCCAAGCUCCCCAUCUCUGGAUUUGGGGACUGACUGCUGAACUAAUGCAGGGUGGGGCUGGGGUGAGGAAGGAAAAGCUUUCCUACAAACUGGAAACCAAAUGUCCUUAUAUCUCUUGAAUAACCAAGUCAUUUUUUUUACAACCAGGUGAAUACAAGCUUACAAACUGUG